CUGCUUCCUGCUUUCACACAUUUAAGCUCCGUGAUUCGAAACAUUUAGGCACCACAUUCUUUCCGUGUUUCUGGGUUGUGAAAUGGCAGCGUUAUCACGAACAACAUUCGUCCGGAUAUUAGCAUUCGAAAUUCUCUUCUUACUUCAAGGCCUCGCAGCAGAUGAUCAGUCGAAGAACGAUGUCGUUGACGCAUUUAAGGCUAUGGCAGCGUUUCCUUAUGCGGUUGCUCUAGCGGACACUGAUCGGGAUGGAGACCUUGAGUGCAUGGCUGCAGUUCGACGAGAAUACAGCAGUGACCCACCUAGAGCUGUGUUUGACUCUUUGAUGAAGCUCCCCAAUGGUGAAAUCCGCAAAAUCACCUACCACGUCAAGCCUGGUCCUACAAUUGACUCAGUGGAGCUCACUGUCAACGAUGAUUAUGACCACGUGUCAGAAGGCCGCUUCUUCUUCUCAGACUACAAAGACUGUGUCAUCAUGGAAUUCCCCAUCGAUAACAAGCCAAUGUGUGUGAUGUGGACCCUGAAAACAAUGGCCGGCGAAAUUCCAGCCAUCUGCACAGAAAAACUUCAAGCCAGCUGCGAGGAUGCUGUAUUAGCUUACGACGAGGAUACAUGUGGACCACUCGGCAUUUAAUAUUUGUGUACUUGAAGAUGAUCAACUUCUAAACAAAAAAGUAUUGUUCUGUGCAAGAGAAACACAAAUGAAUUUAUAAUUUUUAUGACGCAUUCGUGCUAGAGCACUGCAUGAGCCCGGGCCGGCCAGAAAGCCUGGAUCCACCCGGCCCUCAGCUGGGUCGAACCGGGUAACGGAUUGCUGGAUUGGGCACGGGCCUGGCUUGGCUUAGUUCUGGUUUCAUGCAUAUUGGUAUAAUGGUGAGUGUACGCUGUAGGUCUCUUGUGUCUGAACUUGUCAUUCAACUUAUUUUGUCGACUGAACAGCUCACGCCUUCUGAAAGGAACCUACUGCAACAGUAGAACAUGCCUGAUCCACAUGAAAUUUUCUUCCACACGAGUGCUAGGCCUGUUGAAAGAUGGCUUAUGCUUUUACUUUCCACCUUUGUUUCCCCACCGUAGUCGCCGCCUUUUCCUUUCUGCCACACAUGUCAUUCUUCUCCGCUGUUUCCGCUACGGUCUGCAAGCCUGCUACCGCAACCGUGAGCCAAAGACGGCCGUCAGACUUCGCUAUCUUGUUCGAAACGACGGCUUCGGCCAUCGGUGACUAGGCAACCCACUUUCCCGCUUCCGGUCGCUUAAAGAAGUAGUGACACCAACUUUUAAUCUCGUAAUGUUGCAUUUAUUCGAUUGCUUGGUACGCAUGAGUUUUUUGACCGAAGUAUGAAUGACAUAUUUUGCGUAAAAUAUAUUCUCUUUCGAGCGCAAAGAGCAUCCAAAGGUUCAAGGGCGCAUUCACUGCCAUGAGACAUCGACAGAAUUUUGACGUGUUCAGCGGCCACUGCUAAGGCACUGAGGGACGAUAUGCGAGCAGCGAUGACGUCGGCAUUGUUAUUGUUAUCACAAUGCCUCGUGUUGUCUACAUGUGGCAUCAUCUGGCGGCGAAGCCUGGCUACCUAGCAACGGCUUCACUUGCUUUGUUUUGGUUCUUUUGUGCAGAGUGUUCGUGUGAUGCGCGCAUUUUCGUUGUGCCGCUUCGGCUGAAUUGUCGUGGAGUCGUCAGCGUGAUUGUGAUACUUUGAAGCCAUGGUCAUUGUGGACAAGUAACGCACACGCAGCACUCAUAUGUCUUACUAGCCAGCGUGGCCCUGUGCAGUGCCUCCAGCUACCCGGUGGCUGC